UUACAGUCAAUCAACAGGUUAAUUCACAUCGUUCCUUCUUCACCAAGUGGAGCACAGCACAAGAGUUUACCACACAAACAAAAUAAGUAUUUAAAAAAGCACACAUCAGCAAUAUGUUUAGGUGUACCAAGAAUACAUCGGUGUCGAGUGUGAUUGCCCAACCAUUUGUGGCGCUACAAAUGUUUAUAGGCUUGGCAAUAAUCACCACUGUCCUGGCCAAUGCGGUGACCCCCGAAAUACCCACAGUUAGUGAUAAUGAAAACGAAUUGGGUGAUCUGAUGCCAAUGGAUGGUGGCUAUGAUGAGAAACGUAGCAAUUGGCGAUCUCUGCAAGGGACAUGGGGAAAGCGAGCCUCACCCAGCGACAAUGAUAUGAACGAUAACGAAAACUUACUACCCGUACUUAUAGCCGGCAUGGAACCAAGAUCCAAACUACAAUUGGCAUAUCUCACCAAUGCCGCUACCUUGGAACAUUUGGCAAAUACCCCAGAACUAAUUGGCAACUCCGGCGAAGCUUAUGACAUGGACGAGAAUAUCCUGAAUGAGAAGCGUGCCUGGAAGAGCAUGAAUGUUGCCUGGGGCAAGAGACGUAAUGGUCCUACCUGGAACAAAUUCAGAGAUAUGUUUUCUUCACAAGCAGGUGCUUGGGGCAAACGUGAACCCAAUUGGAACAACUUGAAGGGUAUGUGGGGUAAACGUGCCACCUGGCAGAAACUCCAUGGCGGUUGGGGCAAACGUUCAUCUCAGCAAUACUCCGAUGUGAAUUAAGUCUAUAGCAUGGCUACACAUACACCUACACAACUAACUAACUAACCAACCGAUCACAUCACAAUUAAUUACUCUAAACAAAAGUUGACGACCGAUUUCGAAAUGAUCAAUUAAUAAUUCUAUAUAACAACAUACAAACAAACUAAAUAACUAACUAAACGAGCAGUGUAUUAUUUCAAUUGGCAUACAUAUGUAUUUUAAAUAAGUUAAGAAAUAAGUACGAGUAUAUAUGUAGUAAUGUAAUAUAAUUAAAAAAAAACAAACACAUAACAACAAAUAUAUAAUAUAUACAUAUAUAAAAAUAUUUAAAAAAAGAAAAAAUAUUGUUUUUGAAAUUACAAAGAAAAAAACUGCAUGAAAGCCUUAAAAAAUUAAAAAACUAAAUUUUAUUUUUUAACAAGAAAAAAUACACAGUGCUACACACUCAAUAAAAUACGUAUGAAAAUCAAUCUGCUCAACGUGACCUUUUUAGGACAGAAACAUAAUGGAAGCUUCAUAGUCGAGAUUCUCUGGCAUACGUAAAAAAGUUUUUAAGGCUAAAACACACUCUGCAAUUGGCUUCAUUUCUAUGUAACCUGUGGAUUUCUUUGGAAUCGUGAUAUAGUUGCUCCAUAUUAUCUUUGAAAUAGGAAGAAAUUUUAUCAUUGUUUACCCUUAAUGGGUAGAACAGAAUCAACGUUUCGAAUUGGUCGUUGUGGUAUUGCAUUUCCAAAAAACGAAAUUUUGCAUCAUUGUUCACCUUUUACGGGCAAACUGGAAUUAACGAUAAGGUGGAAAUACUGAAAGUGCUUCUUUGGCUGGCUUCUUCGAAAAUUAACCAAGGAGACUAGGGUCAAAAUCGAAUUAAGUCAACCUCAAACUCCUUUGUUCCUCUACGAAGAAGCCAGCCGAUGACUAAAGCCAGCCAAAUAAGCACUUUCAAAAAUUUCACAAAUGAUAUAAACUAUCAAAUUAUAAAAAAAGAUCAUAGUCAUGGCAGAAGAAUACAGAUAGAUGCAUAAACGCUUGGGAGCAUUGAUAUGUCAAAAAAAAUUAAAUAUUUUUUCAAAUAUAAGUAGAUUUUUAUAUGUUUUAUUAUAUGACGUCAUUCGGAGGUAAUUAUAAUUCGUGCUUUUCAACAAUUUUUACAAAUUUAAAUAAUUUUUCAUUCAACAUUUUCAAUUAUCAAAUUGGUUUGACAGUUCAUGAUCAUAGUCUAUUCUAACCAACCGUUUACACAAGACAAAUUGCCUAGAAUCAGAGUUGCAUUUUUCUACCGACAUUUAUAUUGGUCCGAUUGUUCACCUUACUGUAUAGAAUUUAAAAAUACUAAAGAUUUUUGAUAUUUCAAAAAAAAAUAUCUUUGUAGAAUUAAGAAAGUAAAGUCAUAUGUCAUAUGUUUACCACUUAUUUUUAAAAAAUUUUCAAUUGGCAACAUUUCAUUGUCAAGAUUUAUAUUUACAAUUGCAUAUACACAAACCAGAGAUGGAUACCUAAUUUAUAUGCAGCGAAAUUCUACAACAUAAAUUACGGAAAAUGCAGGGAUGGAUAUACUUAUUUGAAAUGGAUUUACAAUGCAAAUUAUUGAGAUAUACAAUUGAAUUUUUGUUAAAUAAUGUCGAUACUGUCAUUGCCGCUUUAUAAUAGGGACACGUAAGCCGACUUUUGUUUAACCUAUCACCAAAAAUCGAAUAAAAUGUUAAUUCAAAGUCGACUUACGUAUCCCUAUUUCAAAGCGACAAUGACAAAACUUAUAUAAGUCGUCAUAUUUUAAUUCUCCUAAUUCAUUUAAUUUUUAACCGUGGUAAGAGAAUACGGGUAGAUGCAUCAACGCUUGGAAACACUGAUAUGUCAAAAAUUUUAGAUUUUUAUAUGUUUUCUUAUACGACAAUACGUACAUUUAACCACGUUCACCAAUUUGUCUAUAGAAAACAUACAUCAUAUUUAUUGUGAUUUUGUUCACUUAUACGGAUAAAGGGCUUCAAUGUAAAUGUAACCUAACUAUAAUUAUUAAAACUAGCAAAAGAGCGAAAUCUGUACGUGAAAAACUUUACCCAGAAAGUAUUGGAACGAAAAACAAGUACAAAUCUCAGCUCCUUCAAAGUGCUAAAAUGGUUUAUUCGGCCAAAAUUUUAGAGUUCUGGAACGGAUUUCAGCAAAAAUGUAUGAAAGAAAAUCUGAAGUAAGAACUUAAUGAAGCAUUUCUUUUUAUUUGACAUGUAAUGCUUCAAAAAUGAAAUAUAUUGUAAUAAAACGUUGGAUGGUAGAUAAAUAUAACUCUGAUGUGUAAACAGAGUUCUCUGUAUUGAUCCCAGUUAACCGGGCUUUGCAUAAAUGCUUAACAUUUUUUUGCGUUUCAAAUGAUCCGUAAAUUGUUUUAAAGCAUAACGAUUAAAAGCCGUACACAAAAAAAAUCCGUUGGUGUUAACUGUCAAUUCCCAGUGAAUUUCAAUUGUAAUUGCGUAUAAGCCAAUAAAAUCAACUGGUUUUAAGGGUCGAUUUUAGUUGAUGUAUAGCAAUGGAAUUGAUAAUUGAAAUCAACUCGAUUUAGUACGUAUAAACGUACUUUAAUACUUUAACCUAUCUUAAAACUUAUUUAAAUAUAUGAAAUCCAGUGUACGCCAAAUCUGAAAUACACUGAAUUUAAACAUCGUUAUAUCGGUAGGUUUACAUUUACGAAAUCACCGAGUGGACUCAAAUGUCAAUUCCAUAGCGUACACGUCAAAUAAUCAUUAUUUAUGUGCCAGUGUUAAAAUACAUCACUGUUGCCACAUUACAUUUUGUGCAGCCAAAAAUAGCAACAGAGUUUGCUUGCGCUGCGAUUCAAGCUUUGAUCUGUUUCUGCCUUAAAUGUGAGAAUAUAUAGGAGGAUUUUCCGGUCGGCUUUUCGUAAAAGAACAACGGAGUUAUGUUGACUUGGUUCAAUUUCAGCCCAUAAAAUCUUUUAUUCUUUUACGUAAAAGCGAACUAAUGACUUAUGACAGAGAAAAAUCCUUUUAUGUAUUCGCACCUAAAUUUGAUAUCAGAAGAUAUAGGUGAAAAUCCAUAGCAUGUACAUUCGAAAUAUCACCAAAUUUUAUUCGGAAGUUUAGUCAAACCUUAAAUGCGUUAUGCAAACCUUGAAGCUUUCCUUGGACUAUCAGAUUACAUUCAAAUUUACUCAAAAUAAUAAAAACGGCUGCCCUUGAGAUGGAAACAGUUAAGUAGCAUGGCAUGAUUGACACUAUUUAUGGUAACAAAUAAUGUGGCGUCAGUGUCACAUUUGCCGAUUCUGUGUCUGCACUUUUUAUGUUACAAGUCGUAUAGGUAUUUGUAUUAAAUAUACAAUAUAAAUAUAACCAAGCACAGUAUAAUUUUAGCACCGACUCAUAAUUUUUUUUUUAAAUAAUCUAAUUUUUUAAAGUAAUUUUAUGUAUUAUAGGGGAAACUUCUGAUGAGAACGUUUUUUAUGAUUUACACACAGUUACUAUUUAUACACAUACAUUGUAAAAUAUUACAUGGCAAUGAUAAAAAAACACCCACUAUUAUAUGAAUAUAAAUGUAUAUUUAUCAUAUACAUACACACACACAUAAAAUAUAUGUAUGUAAUAAUAGAUGUCAUACAUGUCUGUACUAUUCGUUGUUAAGAAAUAAUAAAUGAUAAUAAUUAAUUGUCUCACAUUCCGUUGUUAUAGAAACACAACAUUCAAAAUAGACAGCUUGUAUAAAUAUUCCCAUCAUAAGUAACAUUAUGCUUUGUCCUUAAAUAUUGUAUUUGAAUGAUUGCAUUUCGUUUACACAUCCACUUGAACAAACAGCAUCAACACAAAUAAUAAUGUAUGUGUACGUGAUGAUUAUUACAAAUAAAUUAUAUUGCAGAUUUUUUUGCUCAUAAAUUUCAUGCAAA